AUGACGGAACAAGUAGUUCCACGGCGUUCGUCGAGCACCCUCUCCCGCAUAGCUCAGAGAUUCUCAUUCCCCUUGAAGGCAUCGCUUUCUGCGACCACCACCCACACCAAGACGACCGUCCUCGAAAAGGCCCGAGCCUCGAGCUCUAACAGUCAAUCUAGCAAGUCCAGCAAAUCUAGCACCGGGCAAAGCGCUGCUCGAAGCGCUGAGCUUAGGCGUCAGCAACGGGGCGAGAAGCUUCUUCGCCAAGAGGAGGAGAAGCGCGAGCUCGAAGAGCGCCGCAGGAUCGAAUAUGAACAAGCCCGCAGUGCCGAAGAUGAAGAAACUCGAGCGCGCUACGGUGAGGGCGACGACGGGAACUACCCGACCGAGCUUACGACCAUCGGGGAGGCGGUCAAGCUGGAUAUCAACACCAAAGUCACAUUCCGAGCGAGGAUCCACACCCAGCGGAACAUCUCAAAGCACCUCGACUUCAUUCUCUUCCGCGAUCAAACCGACACAAUCCAAGGCGUAUUGGCGCACACAACGCCGAACAUGGUGAAAUGGGUUCAGAGGUUGCAUCCUGAAUCCAUUGUUCAGGUAUCUGGCACCUUGAAGAAGCCCGUGCAAGACGUCAAGUCUGCGCAAUACCACCAUGUUGAGGUGGACGUCUACUCCAUCCAUCUUCUAAAUCCAGCCAAGGCACCUCCAUUCAGCAACUACCAGCCACCAGAGAGCAUGAAUUUUAGGUUAAACAACCGUAUCCUAGACUUGAGACACCCUAGUAACCAGGCAUUGUUCCGCGUACGAGCCAUGAUUACACGCAAGUUCCGCGAAACACUAGACAACAGCGGCUUCAUCGAGAUCCAAACCCCGAAGCUGCAGCCAGCCGCCACCGAAAGCGGUGCCGAGGUUUUCAAGCUGAACUACUUUGGUCGACGCGCUUUCCUGGCGCAAAGCCCUCAGUUGGCAAAGCAGAUGGCCAUCUCUGCCGACUUUGGCAAGGUCUACGAAGUUGGACCCGUUUUUCGCGCUGAAAACUCCAACACGCAUCGUCAUUUGACCGAAUAUACCGGACUCGAUAUCGAGAUGAAGAUUCACAAGCAUUACCACGAGCUCAUCAGAGUUAUCGAUCAGGUGUUGAAAAACAUCUUUACAGCCGUGCAGGCGAUGCCCGAAUUAAAGAUCAUUCGCGAGCGUUUCCCAAGCGAAGAUCUGGUAUGGCUGGAUGAGACCCCCAUCAUCCCAUUCCCGGAAGGGUUGCAAAUGCUACGUGAUGACGGUCGUGAUGUGGCCGAAGAAGACCUUUCCACACCAGACGAAAUUCGGCUGGGCGAACUAGUGAAGCAGAAGUACGGAACCGAUUACUACAUCUUGGACAAGUUCCCCGCGAACGCCCGCCCAUUCUACACACACAAAGCCGACGAUUCGUUUUGGACCAACUCGUUUGAUAUCUUCAUUCGCGGGCAAGAGGUUUGCACUGGAGGGCAGCGCAUCAACGAUCCCCAGGAGCUGCGUAAGAACAUGGCCGACAAGGGUAUUUCAGAAGAAGAGAUGGCCGAGUACCUCCAGGCCUUUGACCUUGGUGCUCCACCACAUGGUGGUGCUGGUCUUGGAUUAGACCGAGUUGUGUUCCUCCUCCUGAACCUAGGUGAUGUACGAUAUGGCACUCUCUUCUACCGCGAUCCAAAGUCGUUGCCCCAGCGGUCAUUUACUCUGCCUCAUCCCAAUGCCGAUACCACCAAGGCCUGGGUCGGUAAGGAGAUGCCGCGACUGGAGGAACUCAUCGCCAACUAUGGUGAUGCCAGCAACACUUCAUGGCUUGACGAACGGUUCGAACUUUGGCGACACAGCAGUGGUGCCGCGGUCGGCUACGUCAAGCAAGGCAAGUUUGCCAUGAUUACUGGAGACCCUCUCUGUGACCGAGGUCAAUACGAGGAGGUUGUCCCAGCUUUCAUCAACUUUGUCAAAGACGAACUCAAGUUGACACCCGUGUGGAUGCUGGUAUCGAACAAGGUUCAACAGAUCCUGGGCCGCCGCAUCGGCUGGCGAACUAUGAGCUGCACCGUAGAGCAGCGAGCCGACGCCGAUCAGCAUACGACGCCCGACAACCGCGCCGCUCGCCGGGUUAAGAAAGAGGGCAUCAAGGUCCAUGAGCUCAAGCCCGACGAAGACUUUAUGAGGCGCGCCGAACAGUCCAUCGAGGCCUGGAAAGAGAAGCGCAAGGGAAAGACACAGGUCCACCUCACAGAGAUCCGUCCCUGGAUCGAUCAAGCUCACCGGCGCUACUUUGCCGCCGAAAAGGACGGCAAGGUCCUCUGCAUGGUCGUGCUCGCGCAGCUGGCGCCCCGGUAUGGAUGGCAGGUCAAGUGGGCGCUCGACUUCCCCGACGCCCCCAACGGGACCAUUGAAGUUCUCGUCGAGCACGCGCUGUCGUCAAUCUCCGGCCCCGUCACCUUUGGUGCCGGCGUCAGCGAGAAGUUUGUCCCUGGGGAGCAUCUGCACGGCGUCAGGGCCAAGUUCCUCAGCAAGACCUACGCCGGCAUCGUCAAGAGCCUGGGUCUCGGCAACAAGGCCGAGUUCAGAGACAAGUUUGGAGUCUUGGGCGAGCAGGUGUAUCUCUGCUAUCCGCGCCGCGGUGUCAGCCUCUUUGAUCUCAAGCAGGUCGUCAAGUUCUUCAUGGAUGAAGACGAGGCCAAGGUCUGA